AUGUCAAGGCAACUUGAAGAAUUAAUAGCUCAACAUCUUUGGGAUGGACAGGGUGGUAAUGCGUUCGCAUUAUGGUGGGAUGCGUACAGGCUAUCACUGAAAUACAACAUACGUGCAAACAGACGCGGGGAGCGCAUUAUUCGUGUUAGUCGAAGCAUGCCGAUCUUUUCGUCGGCGCUUAUUAUGCAGCUCGCGAUUUAUGCUCUGCUCGUCGAAAGCCAACCCCGUUUAGCGGAAGAUUUGCUUCUUCUUUUGGACCUUCAAAACUGCACAGCAUCGGCCGCUACGACUCAUAACCCGAUAUGCGAGCGCAAGAUGAAUAUAGAUCAUACAGGCAGAUCCUCAUCUCAACAUUUGAGCAUCAAAUUAAAUGGGAUAUCCAAGUAUCGAAUCAUUUCGGAGUGGCUGCACUGCGAAUGCCAGCUAGCAUAUUUGUGUGAAUUGUAUGACAACCCGGGAAGGCAAACUGAAAAUCCCUGCAAGACGCAUGACGUAUGGGAAAAGAAUCAACCUAAUAUCACCGAUAAUAGUCUAAUUUGCUUCUUUAACACAGAUAAUCUGCCGACUGCAGAAGCUAAAGAGACACUCUACAAAGAAGUCUUGAUAGCGUGUUGUACAGUGCUUGAAACCCUCAUAAAAUGGCUUCUGCAGGAGUUGGUGUACUUUCAACCCUCAAAGGUGGUACCCGCUUAUGAGUCAACCACUUCAGCCUCAGAGUCGGCGGCAUUCCUGAGGUCUGCUCCCUUUACCACGGCUUCUACAGAAACGCCGUCACAGUGCCCGACCUCCGUUCUAAUAGUAUUUCGUCUUCUCCAAAGCGUCUGUGACUUUGUGGGGAAAUCGAUGUGUAAUAAAACGGGUGCUGAUAAAGAAUUUGAGGGCAGUAGAAUAGAGCGAAUCUCCACUCUUGCUCGCAAGAUGACUCAUAGUUACACACCACAGAGUUACUCUUCUGACGUAUGGAAAGUACUGAUAGAGGGCGUAUUGCUCCCUAGCGUUGGUGUUGUGAACUGCGCAGCCCUGAAGUGCGCUGUGUCUAACCAAGGCACAGAGCUCCGCGCGGAGCAUGCGUCUCCUAGGGUAUCCCCAUUGGCUUUAUUCUGGAUCGACGCGGAAGAAAGCUUAGAGGACGCUGCAAAGCGCUAUCACAUGCUCAUAGGUGAGUCGCUUUCAAAUUCUCUGUUUUCCAAACCACCCUUUUCACUACUCCAACGUCUGCCAGCUGCUCUCCUGCUGGUGACAAAUACGUUAAAAUCAUGGUUGGUGGCAUGCGCGGACAAUAGCAAGGAUCAACACUCCGACAGCAGGAAGGAUAAUGGGCAAUAUGACAAGAAGCAUCUUGUAUUUCCUGUCAGAAACUCUGCUAGUGAAUGGGAUUGUUGUAAAAAGGACCGUUUGCGCCUCUAUCAAGCACUCGUGCAUUCCCUGUGGCCUUUCCUAGAGUGCGAGGUGAGUGUGCGCUCCUUUUUGCUACUAUCUGAGUCUCCCACGUUGACAGCGGUCCCAUGCCCCUCGUCAUCCGGAAAAACUCCACAAUGCUCGCAGGGUAAUCAGGCCACGCAAAAGAAAGGUAAAAGAAGCACCGAAAUGCAGGUGACAAAAUUCCACAUCAACCGGCUCAUCGAUAAAGGUGACUGGGCAGCUGCGCUUGAGCUAAUUCCACAAGUCAUCACGAACCCCCUUCACGCCGCACGGAAGGCGCUCACGGCCUGUGAAGCAGCGCAGCCGGGCUCUAGAGUCGCAUGGGUUGGGGCUCUGUCGGUCUGGCAUCACUAUGCAACGUCAACAGCUCCCCAAGCUACUCCUCAGACAAAUGAAACGAGGGAUCGCUCCCCGCGAGCCUGCCUGGGAUUACGUGAAAUCGGUCGUCUGAUGACUUUGCUAGCUCGUGCUCAACGUUGGCAAGAGGCGCUCACGAUCUAUCAGCAGCUCGACUACACACAGCUAGACGGCUACAUAUUCCGCCAGGUUGCCUAUGCCCUCUGCAGCCCCCGGCGCCGCGACCUUAAUAGUUUGGUGAUGGAGCUGUGGGCGGAUUGGAGGUGUAAGGUAGGUGAUGAGGAGCCGCCGACAGCGGAGAUGGUGGAGCAACUGCUUGUGGCGGGGCUCCACGGCACAGAUGAAGCGGCCGCGUGCGCGUGCGCACUCGUGAGGGAGGGUCUUUUGCAAACGCAACGACCACCCUGUAGGGGCGUUGAAAAUCUCGGGCCUUCCGCUGGGCCCGCCCACCCUGACGCUGGUUUGCCACCAGACCCCGCGACGAUCAUCUCAGGGACCGAGAUCCCGCUUGAUCUCGCAAAGAAUGAAGCCGUGCUGCGGCGGCUUCUGAAGGAUCGUUGGUACUCAGAAAGCUGGCAGUCCGCAUUGGCUCUGGCGAUGGCAAGCAGGCGCCCGGGAUUGAUCGAGGCGGUCGCGCGGAAAUCUCCGCCGCACAGCGCGCUAUUCGAAUCCGUGUUGGCAUCCUCCCUGCCCUCUACAACAGGCUCGCAGAAAGAGAGCUUGGGGAAGGGGGAUAACCUUUUGGCAGAAAGUCGCGAAUCCGAGGAUAACAUGACCAUUGCUGUUCGCAUGGCCUUGGCAUCUCAUGCCGCGAUGAGUAGGCACGAUUUCGCAAUACCCAACGCAAACGACGUGAAGGGUUCGGCCGCCAGAACGCCCAAUAGGAGCCUAUCCGUCGGGAAUGGCCCGUCCUCGCGCUCGGAUCUCCAACGUCGUGAAGUGCAGCUUAUCGAACUCGUCCUCGACGAGCUUCUCGGUAGAGACAAGGAAAUCGACAUCAAGGAAAGUGAUGGACAAAACCCCCUACAUACCGAGUAA